AUGGUUGAUGAUGAAAGGUACAAAGAGGAUGGAGAAGCGUUGUUAAUUUUGCUCCCCUCUGAAGAACAAGGGAUGGUGCAGCAGCUUCCCCAGAAGAAGGUACCUGUGAAGGAAAUCAAGAAAUACCUAAUCCAUACCUCCUUAGCCUUCUUACUCCCAGUUCCCAUUUUGCAGGAGCAAAAUGAAUCAGUCAGAAUCAGGAAAACAAAUGUGCAGAAGAAAUUGGAAUCCUUUUUAGGCCAAGAUCAAGAUUUAAAAGAAAGAGCUCAAAGGUGUUUUGUCUCCUAUAUACGUUUAGUAUAUCUUAUGAAGCACAAAGAAGUAUUUGAUGUGAGCAAGUUACCUAUUCCCGAAUAUGCACUGUUUCUUGGUCUUGCUGUUCCACCAAGAGUACAAUUUCUUCAGAAAAAGGAGAAACAGCCCACUAAAAUAUUGAGCAGGAGUCCAAAAACUGAAGAAACUCAGCCUUGGGCUCCCACCCUCACCAAUGACUGUGUGGAAAAUUUUAGAGCCUAUUUGAGUGAGAAAAUGUCCAUUCUUCAGAAAAGUGGGAAAGUUCUAGAAAGGACAGAAUACAGACUGGCUAAUGGUAGUAGGGAUGGAGAACAGGAAGAAGAGGAGGAGGAGGAAGAUGAAGUAAUGGAAGAGAAACUGAGCAAAGCAACAGGGCUCCAGACUGAAUGUGUUCCCAAAGUUAAUGAGACACAGAAGGUGAAGGAAGUUCCUGUGCGGUUCUUGGACAGAAAUGAUGAGGAGGAAGAUGAGCCUGAUGCUGAUUUCGUGAUGGUGAAGCAGUGUGACAUGUUUGGUUUGUAUCUUAAAGAGAAUAAAGCAUUACAUGUAAGUUUGUUCCCAAUGAUGAGACUUCUGUUGUCCUUUCUUCAUAGUGCUUGUCUUUGGGGAACUCAAAAAAAACAGAAACAAAAACAAGUGGACCUGGAGAGAUGGCUGAGUGGUGAGUGGUUAAUGGCACUUUCUUGGCCUGGGGUUGAUUCUCCACUACCCAGGUAAUAACAGAUGCAGACAGUGGCACAUUCAUUUGGAAUUCAUUAAUACUGGCAAGAAGCCCAGUCCAUAGUCACUUUCUUUGUAUCUCUUUGUCUGUCCCUCUCAUCCCUCUCAAAUAAUUUUUUUUAAAG